UAUUUGUUAGGAUAUCCAGAAAGAGAUCACGUACAUAUAUAUAUAUAUAUACACAUAUAUAUAUCGCGGAUCUUUCAUCGCGGUCGAGCAAGGGCAGCUCUCUAGCUACGUACGUACGAGUAAUGGAUCGCAUUGUGAAAGUCGCAUCACAGAAGGCAGUGGUGAUAUUCAGCAAGAGCUCCUGCUGCAUGUGCCAUGCAAUCAAAAGGCUAUUUUACGAGCAAGGAGUCAGCCCUGCAAUUUGUGAACUCGAUGAGGAACCCACAGGGAAGGAAAUGGAAAGGGCUCUGAUCAUGCGGCUCGGAUGCAACCCCUCAGUUCCAGCAGUGUUCAUUGGGGGUAAAUUUGUGGGCUCUGCAAACACGAUCAUGACCCUUCAGCUCAAUGGGAAUCUAAAGAAAAUGCUCAAAGAAGCCGGAGCUAUAUGGCUUUAAAAUUAGCAACAUGCAGCAGCAAUUUGCCUCCGGCAUACACGUACAACCCUAGUACUAGUACAUACGUACGUACGUAGUAAUUUCCAAUUAAUAAGGUUAUUUAAUUAUAACUCGCUUGUUUUCUUAA